GAGCGGUUGUUGCUCCGCUUUUGAACACCACAAAGUGCGCGCACCUCAGCGACAUUUGCGUUUAGAAUCCAGUUGAGCCAAGCGAACGUUUACUGCAACAGCAACAGCAACAGCAACAACAAGAACUUGAACAAGUUAACGAAUUAAAUGAGAACAGCUAACAAUUAUCAGCAAUUAACUGAAGAAGAAGUGCUUGAAACUCGCGUUACACGUACAGAGCUACACACAUUUGUUUUUUUUCGGUGCAAAGUGCAGGUGCAGCAGCAGCGCGGAAUCGUCGGCUAACCACACAUGACCACAAUGCCACCGGAAAUGUCCGCAACAACGGCAGCUCCCGUUGGCAGUGCACCGAGUGCCACCGCUCAUCAUCCCGCUGCCGUCGGCGGCGGUAUGCCGCGUCCAGCUUCCCCGGCCGUCGGCAGCAACACCACAACAGCGACGGCCACAACGGCGACGCGAUCCCGCUUCAUGAUCACCGAUAUUCUGGCUGGAGCGGCAGCCGCAUCGGCGGCGGCAGCAGCAGCAGCGGCCGCCCUGGCAGCCGCCUCUUCCGGCGGUGGGCGUGGCAGUCCGACGGACUCGGAGCGGGAGCAAUCGCUGGUCGCCCAGCAUCACCACCACCAUCACCAGCACCAACAGCAGCAGCAGCAGCAACAGCAUCAUCAGCAGCAGCAGCAGCAGCAGCAGCAACAUCAGCAGGCUGCCCUGCAACAGUACAUCGUGCAACAGCAGCAGUUGCUGCGCUUUGAACGCGAGAGGGAGCGGGAACGGGAGCGGGAACACUAUAGGGAGAGGCAUUCGCCGCCCGGCAACAACCCCUAUGCCCACCACCCCAUGCCACCCCAUUUGCUCGCCCACUUUCCGCCCGCCCACUACGCCGUGCUGCAGCAACAACAGCAGCAGCAACAGCAGCAGCAGCAGCAGCAGCAACAUCCCCACCCGCAUCACCUGCAGCUGGAGAGGGAACGUUUGGAGGCACUGCAUCGGCAUGGCCACGGACUGCCCGGCGAUCCUGGCCAGCAUUUGAGCCACUUGAGCCACCUGAGCCACCAGCAGCACCAUCCGCAUCUGCAUCAUUCCAUGCACGAUGAGCGCUCCCGUUCGCCGCUGAUGCUGCAGCAAUUGGGCGGCGGUGGCAGUGGCAAUGGCAGCAGCAGCAACAACAACAACAGCAGCAGCAGUGCCAGCAACAACAACAACAACAACAACAACAACAACAACAGUGCUAGUGCCAACAGCAACAUCAUCGGCGGCAACAGCAGCAGCAACAGCAACAACAACAAUGGCAGUGGCAACGGCAACAUGUUGCUCGGCGGAGCAGGCAGCAGCAUCAGCGGCGAUCAGGCGAGCACCAUCGACGACAGCGACAGCGAUGAUUGCGGUGGCAAGGACGACGAUGGCGAGGACAGUUUGAAGAACGGCAGCUCGGCGAACGGCGACUCCUCGUCGCACUUGAGUUUGAGCCUGAGCAAGAAGCAGCGGAAGGCGCGUACCGCCUUCACGGACCACCAGCUGCAGACGCUGGAGAAGUCCUUCGAGCGGCAGAAGUACCUCAGCGUGCAGGAUCGCAUGGAGUUGGCCAACAAGCUGGAGCUGAGCGACUGCCAGGUGAAGACCUGGUACCAGAAUCGCAGAACCAAGUGGAAGCGCCAGACGGCGGUUGGCUUGGAACUGCUGGCCGAGGCGGGCAACUAUGCGGCCUUUCAGCGGCUGUACGGCGGUGCCACGCCCUAUUUGAGCGCCUGGCCGUACGCGGCCGCCGCUGCCGCCCAAUCGCCCCACGGCGCCACGCCCUCCGCGAUCGAUAUCUAUUACCGCCAGGCGGCCGCAGCAGCAGCCAUGCAAAAGCCCUCGCUCCCCGCCUCGUACCGCAUGUAUCCAUCAAGUAUACCGCCCGGCAUGGCGCUACCGGGCAUGCCCGCUCCCCCGCCCCCCGGCGCAGCGCCCAUGCUUAGCGGCUACUAUGCCGCUGCAGCGGCAGCGGCCGCAUCCGCCGGCGCCCAACAGCAGCAGCAGCAGCAGCAGCCGCCAGCGGCAUCCCGCUCACCAGCCACCAGCCAGAGCGCCAAUAGCGAGGCGGACUGCGAGCGGACCAGCAGCAGCAGUCGCCAGCGCCUGAUCACGCCCAGUCCGCCCCUGAAUCCGGGCAGUCCGCCGCAUCGGGAGCGGAUCGGCGAGGAGGAGGACAGGGAGCGGGACGAGGAGCGGGACAUCGAACGGGAGCGGGAGCGGGAGCGGGAAAGGGAGCGGGAAAGAGAGCGCGAACGAGAGCAGGACGAGGAUGAGGACGAGGAACUGGCCCUGGAGGUCUGAGAAUCCCCGAGAGAAUUCAUCCCUCCUCCACAGCUGGAUCUCACAAAUUUGUCUAAGGAAAUGAGCAAGUGGGCGGUGUGUAUUCGAGAACUAUGAAGUAUGGUGAACAUCUUUUCAAAAAAGUUGGAACACAAGUGUUUUUUCUUAAAUUGUAAAGCCCAAAAUAAAAUGGAAAUACACAUAGA